AUGUACUCGGUUCACCCAUCCAGGCAAACGCAUGACAAACCCGAAAGUUUCGGAGUUAAGUACCAGUCUCUUCUGAGGUUCAUUGAUACAAUUCCCGAUGUUCACAAGGUUUGUUUGUUCUUGCACCAAUGUCUACAAAUUUCCAGUUGGAGCUGUCGUCUUUACUCUAUCCCAUAUUUGUCCAUCUUUACCUGCGUCUGGUUAGCGCGGUUCAUCAUUUAUUUGUCCGAACCAGCGAAAGUAUUCAUGGAUACGUUCCGGAAACAUCAAGAAGACUUCUACCAGCAGGAUAUCAUCAUGCUGGCAAACAUAUCAGACGCGGAUCAGCUGUUACUCAAUCCGUUGGUAGAGUCCUUUCGCGCCUCGGAGUUUGUGGUUAGCGUGGCACACUCCUCCUACUCAUUGUUGAAAAAGUUCCUACAAGAACAUGGUCUACAGGUUAUUCAGAGCAUAUUAACUGAACAACUUUCUCUCCAAGUUGUUGACGGUCCACCCCGCACGAAGCUUCAACUAGACUGUCGUCGUGGUUCUUUGUUUGGUGAGGCUCCGAGAAACUCAAACAAGGAACCCGUUCUCUAUGGUCUUCUGUCAGAUCCCUCUUUGAAUGUUUCGUCUGAUCUCACCGGUGAAACCACACAAGCAUCAGAUGACCAGGCCCCCACGACCGAGCAAGUGGAAGACGGUGACGGCGAACAGACCCCUGUAAAGAAGAAAAAACGGCGGGAUGGCUAUGGAGCUGGACAGUCUUGUUCAGGAGCUUCGAGCAAGGAUGGACAGAAAGGCGACUCGAAUUCCCCCGCACUCGAUCGAAUCCCGCUACCCAAGUUGCGUGACACCUUUAUCGAAUCCCGGCAAGCCCUCGCUCGGGAGACCAGCGCGCUGCUGCGUGGCUAUCGUCAACAGAAUUCGCAGCAGAAACCAACUGGCACCAGUGUGGUUCUGUACACAGUAUGCAAUGUCCAAGCCGGCGAAUCGACGCUCGCCAUACGGAGAGGUGGAGUGACGUGUGCCACUUUCACGGACGAUUCGGGCUGGUUGGCUGCCGGGUUUGGUUCCGGUCGGAUUCGUGUCUGGUCUCUGGGUCCAGAAUCACUUCGCAGAAUGCUCCCAGCUUCCGAGUUGGCCAUGUUGGACAAGGAUGAUUCGCGCAUCAAAACAAAGAUGUUGUACGAUGAGAAUGAUGAAAGUCAUCCAGUACGUGACCUCCUCGGACAUUCUGGCUCUGUGCACAGCGUCGCGUUUAGUUCUGAUCGCCAGUUACUAGUUUCCGGUGGCUCUGAUGGUACCGUUCGGCUUUGGUCCAGUCUACUUUGGGGGGGUUCGCUCACAGUUUGGCGUGAUCACCUGUUGCCGGUGUGGUGUGUCUGUUGGGCCCCGGUCUAUGGGCACUAUGUGGCUACCGGUGGGGCCGAUCGUAGCGCUCAUCUGUAUGCGACGGACCAUGCACCGGAUGCCCUUCGCGUGUUUGUCGGACAUCGCAGUGAUGUGACCUCAGUGUGUAUGCAUCCAAACGUCAACUACCUCGCAACAGGGAGCGCUGAUCGCGCCGUUCGUUUGUUUGACGUCCGCUCGGGGAAGUUGGUCAGACUGUACACUGGUCACAAGGGUUCCGUUCAAGCCUUAGCCUUUUCUCCUUGCGGUCGCUAUCUGGCCAGUGGUGGUUGGUGCGGCUCUGUGUGUAUCUGGGAUUUGGGUACCGGUCAUCAGGUUGGGCAACUGGGCGGGCAUUCUGCAGAACAGCCGCGCAACGAAGACGCGUCCACUGCCUCAGCGGAUUCUAGCCAAUGGCUUACUGGGCCUGUAGUAACGCUUGCCUAUAACCCGGACGGCUCGGGUCGCUUGGCUGCCGGUGGACUGGAUGGAGCGGUUCGCAUCUGGGAUACGAGUAGUGGACGUCAACAACGGGUCGGAGCCUCCUCAUCCACGACUACCGAGUUGUCCGAACGGCCACAGUCCGGACUGAUAGCGAUGCAUAGAGCUACCAAGCAGCAAAUCAGCCGUGGUCAAAGUUCGCAAGGUCAGGUCAAUCCGAACUUCGUCAGCUAUUAUUCGUCAGUAGCCGGUGCUUCCGUUUCCGACAAAUGUCUACGAGAGGCAUUCUUUACCCGUCGAACUUCAGUGCUCGGAUUGCAGUAUGUUCAUCCGUAUCUUCUGUUAGCAGCUGGACCGUACAAUCAGAUGUGAAAUUGUACCCCAUCAGCCCUCUCUCUCACUCCCUAUAAACUGUACAUACUAUUGUUGUUCCAUGUUGCUUUGCGUAUGAAGACAGUUUUCC